CCCAUUUUCAGCCCACGCACAGCCUCGUAAAAGCGAUCGCGCCGUCGACCUCGCGCAAGCGCGGGACAGCGGAAGAAGCGCAUCUAUCCCGUAGGAACCGCCAGCAAAGAAACAGUUGCAAGCGACGCCGCAGCAAGCGCCGCAAAACAGCAAAACACAACAACCUCAUACAGCCAACAACCAUGUCCCUCGAAACAUGGAUCGGCCUGGCGCGCAACGGCCUCUGCGUCGUCGCCGACACGCUGCCCGACGAGUACGACCAGUUCGGGUAUUUUGAGAACGGCAUGUCGACCUUAAACGCGUUGAUCGCACCUUUACAAUUUGCGGCGGCCGUCUUCAACGCGAGAGCCGCCCUGAAGCUGCCGGCAGCGUUACAAGCGCGCAAGGACGCGUUGGCGUUGAAAGAAGCCUGCGAGAAAGCUAGAAGUACCGUAGCGAUAGACGCUCAUAGUCGUAGAGUCAAGCAAACGACUUAUGGGAUAUGCUACGCUUUUCUCAGUUGCACUUUAGCUCCCGCCUUCUUAGUGUUAUGCAUGAACUCGUGCAAAGUAGCCACGGAACGCCAGGUGCAGUGGGCGUUAUUAGCGAUGCAGAUCGGGUUAGCGGUGGCCCUGUGGGCCAUGCGCGAGGAGUACAAGGACGAACACACGAAGGCAGAGAACUGCGCGGACGUCGCUUCUGGAGAAAGGGACAAGUCGCUGCGGGCCCAGGCCUGCUGCGACGCCGGCUUGAUCGAUAAGAAGUCGCUCGAGGCGUGUGUAUUUGACGAGACUGAAAUGGGCGCCAUUAAAACAAGGUGCGGCGCCUUGCUGAAGCGGGCCGGGGAAUUAGUAGAUGAAAGGGACAAGACGAACCGCAAGUUACUCCAGAGAGCGGUUCAAGGGAGGAGAAACGUCACGUUCGCGAUGGUCAUCUGGGUGCUCAACUUUAUUGCUUUUUGGGGCUACGCCGUCUUCCCGCUGACCUACUUCGGGCCCUUCACGACCAUCGAAGAGAAGGCCUGGUACGAGUGGGCCGGCAAUUUGGCCGGCGACGCGGCGUGGACGGUCGAGCCGGCUCUGGUCAUACUGUCGGCCUUCGGUGCGUUCAAGUCCUCGAAGGCCAAAUCUGACUAAGUUGCAUAUAUAUCCUC